AUGCAAUUUGCAGACCCCAGCAUCUGUUACGUGAGGCAGAUCAAGCAGGCAGACGCCCGCAGGGCUGUGCAGGGCCGCAGCCUCCUCGUCUCGCCCUCACGACGCGUGUCCCGGGGAAGAUCAAAUCCUGUUAAGCCGCAGCUCUUCUUGCGAAUUAUACCCUCUGACAGGAUCCAGGUGACCCUGAACCUGGAUGGCAUAGUUCAGGUGCUGGACUGCCACCUUCAUGACACGUCCAUUGGGAUGAUGACCAGAAUCGCAGUCCUGAAAUGGCUUUACCACUUGUACAUCAAGACUCCUCGUAAGAUGUUCCGACACACCGACAGCCUCUUCCCCAUCUUGCUGCGGACCCUCUCAGAUGAGUCAGAUGAGGUUAUCCUGAAGGACCUGGAAGUGCUGGCUGAAAUCGCUUCUUCCCCAGCGGGACAGACAGAGGGCCUGGGUCCCUCCGACGGCCCCGAUGUGCGCCCCAGUCCCGUGGAGCUGCACGUCCCGGCCCGGGCCGGCCAGCUCGGCUCCUCUGGUACGAAAGGCUUGGAGUGCUCGCCCUCCACCCCCACCAUGAACUCCUACUUCUACAAGUUCAUGAUCAACCUGCUCAAGCGCUUCAGCAGCGAACGGAAGCUCCUGGAGACCAGAGGAGCCUUCAUCAUCAGGCAGCUUUGUCUACUUCUGAACGCAGAAAACAUCUUUCACUCCAUGGCAGACAUCCUGCUUCGGGAAGAGGACCUCAAGUUCGCCUCUACCAUGGUCCACACCCUGAACACCAUCCUGCUGACGUCCUCCGAGCUCUUCCAGCUGAGGAACCAACUGAAGGACCUCAAGACCCCGGAAAGCCGUAACCUCUUCUGCUGCCUGUACCGCUCCUGGUGCCACAACCCCGUGACAACCGUGUCCCUCUGCUUCCUCACCCAGAACUACAAGCACGCCUACGACCUCAUCCAGAAGUUGUAUCCUUCAGGGGUUUUCUAUCUCCGCCUGCAGCUGCUGGAUGUGAAGAACAACCCCUACCUGAUCAAGGCCCUGUAUGGCCUCCUGAUGCUGCUGCCCCAGAGCAGCGCCUUCCAGCUCCUGUCCCACCGCCUGCAGUGCGUCCCCAACCCCGAGCUCAUGCAGACCGC